GGCUGUGUUCUGCGCGCUGGAGCCUGGGAAGAGUGGAGUUUCAAUAUGGCGGGCAAAACAGACUCGGAUGGUUUUCAAGUUGUGACGAGAAAACAAAGGAAGAAACCACGUCCACAACACAAGAGUCGCACUGAUAAGAUAUCAACACAGAAAAGAAAUAGUGAAGAAGCAAGUUGUGAUGCCAGCAAUAUUAUUUCAAGGAUAUGCGAAUAUAGGGAUGAGAUCAGAGCUAGCUCCUUUUAUUCAUCUUUAAAAGAACUGUUUAUAGGUUAUGAUCAAGGAGGCGACAAAGAGGAAGCUGAAUUGAAUGAAAUCGUUUGUUAUGGUGUUGGCUGCAUCUCUAAAUGCCCUAUUGCGAGAUAUCAGUUUGCCCUGUUGCUACUACUGAAGGAUGACUUUCAGGUAUCUAGUGACCAUUGCUGGGUGUAUGAGCCUCUCUUCAGCAAAGAUGAUGCAAAUAUAGUUCAAAAUUUUGAUUGUUCAAUGAUAAGGGUCAAUGAGGAGGGUAAGAGGAAGGCUAUUGGCAAAAGUCUGUUCAUAAUGCUUCACUGUGGCAAGCCCCUGUACAAUAAUGUACUCUGGGCAAAUUGGGGACAAGAUCUGAAGGAUGUCUUAAUUCUUGGCAACUCCUUCAGCAGUUAUGAUGACCGGGCUGUAGGAAAACAGCUGAGUAAACAGGCCACUUACAUAGCGAAGGUACUUCCCUACAUCAAAGAGAUUCCAGUGAAGAACAAUUUUAGACAUAAUGACAUCUUCAACAACACGUCAUUGCAUUCCUUCCCACAUGAUAAGCUCAUGAAGGCCCCAGAGGGAUUAUGGGCUGAUUGCGUCGAGCCUCAGUAUGAUGACGAGGCUGAGAUUAUAAGGAGUAGAUGAUGCAGAAAAUACGACAUGAUUUCACUGAGCCUCAAUAUGAUUACGCGGCUGUGAUCAUAACAAGCAGAAGAUGCUGAAAGUAUGACUAUGUUCGCAGACCGAGCUGCAGCUUAAUCUGACUCUCUUACGCAAUGCUCUCUAGCUGUCACGCAAUGCUCUCUAGCUGUCACACAAUGCUCUCUAGUUGUCACGCAAUGCUUUCUAGCUGUCACGCAAUGCUCUCUACGCAAUGCGCUCCAGAGCUACACAGAGCUUCAACGCCUGCGAAGGAUACAACAGAUCCCGCCAUUUUUUUUACGAAGGUCUCUGAAAACGCUUUUCUACUGUAGAAGUACCGUAAUUACUACCGUAAUAGCUUUUUUUGUCACAGCCGAGGCCCUUAUACAAAGAAAAAGCUUAAUUAAUUCACUGUCGAAUCCGUUGUGUCGCGACGCCGCAUUUUCAAAACAUCGAUUUGUUUUUGUCUAUUGGGAUUCUCUGUUCAGCCAGCCAAAUUAUUCUAAGCCAAUCAGAUUCUUGCCAUCUCUCGCCUAGUACAGUUGCCUGGCUUUCUGUCGCGACACUGUCUGGUUUUCGUCCAGAGGAUAGCCAUAGGGAAGUACACAAAGCGAGACUCUGAUUGGCUCAGAAUGGUUUUACUGACGUAAAGAAAACCAAAACAAAUCGUAUUUUGAAAACGCUGGUAGCGAUACAACGGAUUCGACAGUAAAACCCCCUUUUUUACAACGUACGAGGGAUAAAGUGUUGCCAAGAACUAUAA